AUGUUUCUAAACACGAAGGCCAUAGAUGUGUUGGAGGCGAUCGUACCAACCUUCAUCGCCUCGUUACCCCACGCGCCCGCACGGAACAAGGUCGAAGCGGAACCCAGCACCAGAUCUGAAAUGAUUCUCAGGACGCACAACGCGAUCACGACAUUGCGCUUCGAAAUGUACAGGCUUUCAGAAGUGAUACCCAAGAAUCACACAGCUUAUGAUCUAUCCACAACAGAUCAUGAGGAAGCAACCUCGGCGCUGGAGGAACUCUUCCACUUAUUCCUCGGCUGCUUAGAUGAUCCUACUGAUAGCGUCGAGCUCCACGAAAUGACAAGCACACUUGAAACGUUCAAGGAUGAGUUAGCAUUGCCAUCUGUAUCGGCGCUUGCGUACACACCAGCCGCCAACGACAGAAUACACUGGUAUCGCCUGCGAACAAACAACUCCAAAGCUAGUGAAUUUUGGGCGCACACAAAUGUCGUGAAAAGGUUCAACAAUACCAUCGCACGAGUAUAUACGCCUGCGCAACCUGCAAACUUGCACUCGUUUGGAGGCAGCAUACCAGAUCCAGAUGCUCGUGUGAUCGAUGAGCGAGAAACGCAAUUGAAUAUGAUUGCGGAUAUGUCAGCUUCGAAGAAGGCCAUCGCAGACCUGAUGCUCGAGCGGCACGAAAAUUGUGGUGGUCAUCCUACAUAUGUUCAUGUCAGUGCAGAUACCGAAGAACAUCACGAAACCAUGAUCGAGACUCUGACGGCAGAUUGUGGAAUCAAAUCUCCGGUUACAUGGUGUAUCAUCCAAUGGAUCCGAAGUAACGCUAGGGGUUCGGUUGACAUUCCACUUCCAAAGCCUUCACAUAGAAUCUGUGGGCGAUUGAAAAUACCUCGCCGAAAGUUGAUACGUAUUGAGAUAAAGACAGAGGGGAUCAAACCGGAAUUGGUGAAUAUUAAUUCGAGAACUAAAGCUCGAGAGCCCAGUUUGAGAUUAUCAACCUUACUUAGAGCAGUGCAAGGCUCAACGGAUACCGAAGCGCUAGCGCUGGCGAAGCAGUUGCAGAAAGGCAAGUCGCUACGUAUUAGUCUGGGGUUUCGCAUUGCAAGAUCGAUGUUAUACCUGAUCGGUAGUGCGUUGAUCCAGAGCCACUGGAGAGCCGAUGAUUUGCUCAUUUCACCAAACAUGGAUAUGGCAGACGAUACUGCCUCGAACAUCCAGGUCUAUGUGGAUGAUGUUUCCAAGCUCAAAACGGACGCAGCACAACUAACAAAACAUUUCGUUCUUGAGUGUGGGGUGUUGCUAUGGGAACUCUUUUUCCUGGAAGUAGUCGAGGUGCUUGAAGAAGACAGAGAGUACAACGAAGACGAGCAGAUCAAUGAAGAGGAGUCUCUAUAUAACGCUCUCCUCCGGACGUACGACCAUGGUACAGGACAAUUCUUACAGCUCGCUUGUCUUGAAAUCAUCAACAAUUGCCUGAGCGCUUAUGUGGACUUGGAUGAGGGGAUAGCAGAAACGGACAUCCGUGCCAAAAUCUACGAUAAGAUUGUCAAGCCGCUCCAAGAGUUUACCGCUACAUACAACGAUACGGCAAAACCUCAGUCGGUAUUAGUACAACAAUACAACGCCACGUGGGAGGAAAGGAAACCAUCCCUGAACAUACGAGUGGAUCGAAUAGUUGAUGUUGAGCCAGCCCUGCAAGCGGCACGUCAGUACUCAUACAACGAUACUGCUUCUCCUGUAGUGGAUGAAGGACAGCUCUUUAGUCUCGACCUGGCCAACGUGCUGGAUGAAAAAAAAUCCAAACAAGCCGAUGAUUGGAAAAAAAGAAUCAGAGAACAAAAUCUCAAGUACGCCAUAGGGCGCGAUCCCAACCCAAAGAUCAAGAUAGCGAUUCUAGAUACGGGAAUUGAUAAAAGCCAUCCUCAAGUGAUAAGAGAGUGGUAUCAUGAAGUGAGAAACAACGAAGGUCGCAUCCGGGAUUUCAAGGACUUCGUACAUGAAGAUUUCCCCAAGGAUAUAUCUGGACAUGGCACUCAUAUUGCUGGCAUCAUCCUAGAUCUAUCUAGCAAUACUCAUGUCUACGUUGGACGGGUAGUGGAGUCUCAGAAACACCUAAAGCGCAGUGGUAAUACCUUUAGACACCAGCUCGUUCAGGCCUUGCAACAUUCCAGGCAAAUUUGGAACGUAGAUAUCAUUUCGCUGUCAUUCGGCUUCAGCAAGACCGAUAUAGAGGACGAGAUACGCAAGGAGAUAAAGGCGUGUCAGAACAGCGGAAUCGUCAUUUUUGCAUCCGCAUCCAAUGACGGCGGUCACAAGCCCCGGACAUAUCCAGGAAAGUAUCCUGGUGUUCUAUGCAUACACUCAGCCACGGCAAUGGGUACCGCUUCUGAGUUCAAUCCAACGCCUGCACUCAGAGAAGAUAACUUCAUGUGUAUGGGGGAGUACGUGCAAUCGUGGUGGACACAGUCGAUUCCAACGGAUGGAAGUGAUUCAAACAAUGGCAUGCAGCGUAUGUCAGGAACUUCGUUCGCUACACCGAUAGCAAUAUCGAUCGCGGUCUUCAUGAUCAGUUACAUCCGCAAGAACAUACCUGAUCAUCGGUGGAAUGUGCCGCCACUGAGCAUUGAUGGUAUCAAUACCAUGUUUCGACUCCUAUCGGAUGGAAACGAACGGGGUGGAUACGGUUUUCUCAGUACGGAACAUCUAUUCGAAGACCACCGCGAACCGUACAUCAAGUCGCUUCUGAUUGAGAAGCUGGACGGACAUAGAUGCAGAAUUCUACUGACCGGUGAGCGGCACGGGCAUAGUUGA